AUGGCGAUGAUCUGGUGCAGCACUUGGCAGACACAUGUGGCGGCACCCAACCGCACCGAAAUGAAGGUGCACCAGUGUUUUGGAAUCGACACGCCACAUUCCAUUUCUGAGGGGUACUUUCCGCACCUGCGAAUGGCGGCGGAGGUGGCGGUGUGGAUGGGGCUUGCGGGCGUGCUGGCGGGGCUGGUGGCGUGGAGGGUGCAGAAGGGCUUCGACGACAAUCGCAAGGCGGAGCUCGACACCUGGUGCGCCGGUCGCGCGCGCUCGCUGCAGCAGCAGUUCAUGCAGACCGCGGAUCACGUUAAGUUCAUGUCCGCGGCCGACCACGUGCGGUACCUGCGUUGCAUUGCGUUGCGUCUGCGACGCGUCGCCUCGGCUUCAUUGCAUCGCGUCGCGUCGCUUCGGCUUCAUUACAUCGCGUCGCGUCGCCUCGGCUUCAUUGCAUUGCGUCUCGUCGCUUCGGCUUCAUUGCAUCGCGUUCCGUCGCUUCGGCGUCAUUGCAUUGCGUCGCGUCGCUUCGGCUUCAUUGCAUUGUGUCGCGUCGCUUCGGCUCAUUGCAUUGCGUCGCGUCUCUUCGGCUCAUAUUAUCGCGUCGCACGCGUUCGGUGCGUCGUCAGUGACGGAGGUUCAUUUUCGCGCGCCGCGAUAGGGUCAUCCCUUGGCUUCCUCGUUCCCUCCGCGGUUACUCCCGCACGCUCAGCGUUCUCGUCCUUCCACCGUUUGCUUCUCGCGCUUCCUUGGAAGGCACGACAAGCGGAUCUGCUUCUGGUGAUUCUUGUUUGUCGGGGGUAG